UCUUAUCACUGGUCUUGUGGUACAGUGGUAUAGAAUUAAUAAUUCAAAGUGUUUACGGCUGGUUGCCGGAGCAAGGUUUAUUAACAAGCGUUAGCUUUCGUUAUAAGAACAGAACUAAAACUAGGAGCCACCAGCAAGCUGGGACAUAAGCUGAAUCAAAAGUAUUUAAUUGCCAAAGAAUGCAAAGCUACAAAAUAUAUGUACUUAGAGCUACAAAGCUACAGUCGGUAAGCCGACUUGGCAUAAGCGAUAAUGCUGAUCUUGCGGCAUGUGCAAGAUAUCAGAUUACCGCCGGUUGACCGUCACAUUCAGGGCGCUGAACUGAAGUUCGCUGAUUUGGCAUCUUGAGUGCAAACAACAUGGAGCAGAGCACAUUGGACAACGACAAUCCUGAUGAGUACUUUUCGGAUAUUAUUGAGAUGGACCUGGACGGAUCUUGUAGCUCCAGCACCUUGUCUGGGCGUCCGCCAAAGAAAAAGAAAAAGACCGACAUUUCGUGGCUGGCAGAGAUCGCCCAGGAGCGUCUCGAACAACAAAAGGACCACCACAGAAAGAAGGAGGAGCACGACGUUAGGCAGGAGAAGAUGGUGCAGGACUUGAUCAGCACCCAAACAAAAUUCCAGAACGACUUAUUAGAAGUUUUAAAAAAUAAAAAUAAAUAAGUUUUUAAUUUUCA